GUGAACUCAGCGGAGGCUGGCGGAGGCUCGCGCGUUGCCACCGAUAGAGCGCGCGGGAGAGCGGCGGGAUGGCGUACUAUAGUGCUGGCGACGUCCGCCAGGUGGGGCCGCAGGAGCGACGACCCCGCGCGCGCUCUAGCGUCGCCACCGACCACCACGCGACGGCGUCUGCAGCGGCAGCCCCUCGGAUGUCAGCAACUAUUAGAAAGGCUUAUAUUCCUUCUGUGUUUUCUGCUCUUAAGGUGAGCAGACUUACUCUCAUGGGCCCCAAACGUAAUCACAGAGCUUACCAGAAGCAUUCUUUGAACUUCAUUUAA